UCCGGGAAGUGCAAGGUUCCCAGGCGGAGAAACCCAGGCUGCCAUGUGAGGAAAUCGCUCGGUGGGGAUGCGGGAGCUUCCUAAGUUGAGACCUGAGGCUGGGUAACUAGGGUGAGGUGAGCGAGGGGAGGGCGAUCGCUUUGCUGGGACUUGGGAGCUUCCAAGGCUGAGACCCGGAGGCUGCCGCUGGGAGGGGAUCAUUCCAACCAAGGCAGUGGUCGGCAAACUCAUUAGCCAACAAAUAGCAACAGUAUAAGGAUUGAAACUUCUUUUGAGAGGUAGACAUGUGGAUCAGUGAAGUAGAGCAUGGGCCAGAAAUUUCCAAUCCCGCUGUACUGCACCCCCAAACGUGGUUCCAGCCCUGGGGAGGCCGGUGCUUCCGAGGCUGCGCGCCUGGUUACUCAUCCGUCAGGCUGCAGGAGGGGCAGAGAUUUAGGAGCCGCGGAGAAGCCACUCUAUUACGAAGGAAGCCACCACCCUAAACCGCGGUUUUGCAGAUUCCUCCUUCGGACCCAGGACUUCUAUUUUUUUAGCAAGAACUUUGGCGACGGCCUCCAGUGCAGACCCGUGCCUGCUUGCUGCUCCUCCUCGCGGAUGACUGUCUUGGAGGCGGCUAGCCGCUUAUUGCAGGCCUUCUUGCGGCUGCUUCUGCUUCUGUGGUGCUGCGUGUCGGCCGCAGAUUUCUUGAAGGUGGAGAUGGAAGGGAAGAAUCAAAUUGUGUUGCUGAAUGACAAUGUCACCAUCUCCUGCAAGGUCCCUGGUUCCACACCCCUGGACAUCAACAAGUCGGGUAUUAUUUGGUAUCUGAAGCAUCAGGCGAAUGAAACAGAGCACAAGGUGUUUGAAAUGUAUGCAGACAUUCAAAAGGCAUUCAGACUCGGAGCCAGCGUGUCUCCAGCGGGGCUAGAGAAGGGGGACGUCUCACUGCACCUUCCUGGAGUCCAGCUGAGAGACGCAGGAGAGUACCGAUGUAACGUGGUGGUCACCCCCGAGGAGGCCCAGGAAACAGUCUUUCUAAAAGUUUUGGGUGAGUGCCUGAGGCAGUGUCCUGUGGUUCCCAUGGUGAUGGGGCUUGGGGUAGGGAUGUGGAUCAGUGAAGUAGAGCACAAGUUUGGGCAUGGGCCUUGGAGUUGGAUAGACAUGGGUUUUAAGUUCUGGGCUUCCCUGGAUGUCUGGACAACUUAGAGCAAGUUAUUAAUCACACUGAACCUCAGUGUCCUUUUCUCUAAACAGAUGUAAUAGUACUCUGUAAAGACCCUGACUCCAGCCCUAGCUGGUUUGGCUCAGUGGAUAGAAUGUGGG